AUGGCUACUUCCACAGGAGUGAGGUACUCUAAUGGCAAAGAAGAUACAGAUGGCCGUAGCAAAUUCAUUUGGGAAUAUCCAGUGCCAACCAAUGCCUUUUGGAACGACUUGCCAUUUACACUAGGCCGUAACUUCCUGUCAAAUUAUUCGGAAGAAGAGAUCCAGAGUCUACCAAUAGAUGGCGACAGUACACUGCCAAAGGAGAAGAAACUGGAACUCCUUCACAAGCUCCUGAAAGAGGGUCUCACAGCCAAAGACAAUGCCGCCGCACCACAAACAUUCUACGACGUAGAUUAUCCUGCCUGGGAUCGCUUGUACCUGGGUAUAGUCAGCAUCCAACAAGAACUAAGCCUUCCAGAGGCCGAAAAGACUCUCCGCAUGAUGUGUGAGCUGAGAACAGAUAGGAGUAAUCUAUCGCACUUUCAUAAUCUAGCUGGUCUACUUCUCGCUAAAGGAGAAUUUCAUGAAGCUGAAACGAUGGAGAAAGAAGUGAAGGUUUGGUUGGAGAGUAAGUUGGGGAAGGAUAGUCCGCAGGCGUUUGGGGCUGGGAGGAUUAUUGUUGAGGCGACUUGGAGGCAGGGUGGGCAGAGGAGGGGGGACGCGGAGAGGUUGCUUGAGGAGAUGAGGGGGUUGGUUGAGGGGAUGGGUGGGGGAGAUUUUGGGGUAUAUCAAGAGGACGAAAGGGGGUAUUUGCAGAAGUUGGACGAGAGGUUGAGGAGUGAGGAUAUAAUUGAGGCUUAG